UCUCUCUAUUUUUUUGUAUCUAUAGAACAAUACGUUGCAACUUUAAAAUAUUCACUUCCGAAUGCAUUGUCCACCCAUAGACAAAGCUUAGCAUACAAUAAAGCAAAUGAAACAGAAUUAAUAUGGAUGAUGAAAUAUUUAAAACUCACACAACACACAUCGGUAUCUUUUUCCAAUGUGUGUAUUUUGAAAAUGCCAAAAUACACGGACGAACUUCAAAACAAUAAUGAAUAAUUUUGUGUUAUUUAUUAAUCCAUAAAUUCAAUAAACAAAUAUCUGAGAUGUGUAAUAUUUUCUGAAAAGUUUUAUAUCCAAUGAUUUUAAACGUCAGUGUUAUUCCCCGAGAGUUUACAUGUGAAAUGAAGUCAAGAGGGGCGGUCAGAAAUGUGGUUUUGGUCACCAAUACCGGGUAUGGCCAUCAUUAGCGCUGAUAACGCCGCGUAGGCGACGUGUCAUUGACUGACAGACACUCCGAAUGGUCCAUUGGAGAAUGUUCUGCCAUUCUUCCAACAAUUGCCUUCAAAUUUCUUGCGGAUUCUGAGGCUGAGCAUGGGUACCCAGCUCGUCCUACUAAAUAAUGUUAAAUCGGGGUGAAGUCCGGGUACAAAGAAAUAUUGCCGUGUGUUCCCGCGCAUUGUCAUGCUGAAAAAUUAAUCUAUCGCCUUGUUCAGGCUGCUGCCUUAAUGAUACUAACAUACUAACAAAUUAAAGACUGUAGAAUUUCGUCUACAUACCAUUUCCAUUAAAAAGGAACAUAUUAUGUUAAUCACACCCCAGAUCAAGACGCCGCCUCCGACCAAUCUGUCACCUUCAAGGAUAUGAUUGUCAACGUAACGUUCAUAUGUACACGACGGUAAACUCGAGCCCCGCCGUCUGUAUAACUAGCGUUAAAUCUGGCCUCCAUAAACUGACAAUAGACACAAGUGUAAAUUUCAAAUGUAGCUAACUUUUGUAAUAAUUUUCAUAAACAAGUAAAAUUUGUUUGCAUUUGAAUUAUUUGUAAACCUGCAGGGUUAAAAAAAACUUGUGCAAGAUAAAUCUUCAGAUAUAAGUAAUCAACAUUUUGACUUAAGUAUAUUCUCAGUUUAUGGUCUUGGGGCCUAAACUCGUCGGAGAACAAGAUUUGAGUUUUAGUUCUGGCGCUGAUUCAGCCCAUUAUACUCUGUAUUGUCGGUGAUGCAGUUUAAGUUGUAACCCUUUGUGAGGUCCUCUGCAGCGGAUCCUAAGGCGUUUCAAUAGUCUGGGUACUGUUCUGGGAUGAAUGAACCUACCCCGAGAUCCAAUCGUUUGCUUCAUCGUCAUAACUGUAAACGUAGCCCGCAAGCGACUUAGUCGUAUGUAAGCGUGUUGACGUGACUCACAAGCGGUCGACGAGCUCAUUUCUUUUAUCUCAGUUUCACUUUCAUAAAAAAGUGAGCUCCUGUAAGUUUUAUGAUCCCAGAGCCUGCCUGUCUUAGGCGAUCACUUAUUAAUAACGUCUGUCGGUACCGUUCAUCGGACGAUUGACAAAGACAAGUAAGACCUUCCAUUAUACACGGUGUUGUUUAUAGAUAAUUCUAAAACCUACAUCGAGGUUCCAAAAACUUUUUAUUCUAUGUAUAUACAUGUAUAUAUAUAACAUAGAAACUUUAGGUCUUAUGAGCAAAGCAAUACGCAUACAUGCAUGCAAUACAAAUUUGGACACCGUACAGAGCUAAUGUCCGGACUGACGUCAAACUAGCCCCGGGGGUCUUACUUAGACGCAUCAUAUGACCUUGAUUGGGCAGCCAAUAAAUUGUACAUGGCAAAUAAAAGUGCCUUGUACCAUAUAUAAACCCCUUCUAACUUUGUCCAUGAGAAUUGCUCUUCAGUCCAAAACACGAUUGAUUUUCAGAUUCCUUGUGCCGCUUGCAUUGGUUCUGGGAGAAGCCUUCACCCAGAAGGCAGGCGCCAACACCCUAAAUGAUCUGUUCGAAGCCAAAACCUGGAGGAGAGGGAACUGGGACGCGGUCACGGAAGAGUUUUGGGGUAAGUUCCGGAAGUCAUAUUCAUCUCGAUGCGUUUGAAGUUUUAUGGCUUAGAUUAAUUAAAAUGAAAAACAAAAUAAAUAUCCGAUGAAUUUCUUAAAGUAGAACCUCGAACGGUUAUAUUGUGUUGCCCCUCCCAUCAGAGUGAAUUAUUUUAAAAGUAACCCUACAUGAGAAAAUUAGAAAAAUUAUCAAAAUUUCAUUGGCUGGGAUUUGUUAUGCAAAUCAAACGAAAGAUGAUUUAAACAAAUUAUGAUGCAAAGAUGUAGAACAAAAAUAAUUGGAUCGGCGGUUCAACGGUGUUUUUCUCCAUCGCGGACUGAAAUAUUAAGUUCACAACAUCAAUUUCAAAUAUGUAACGGUUUAUACUGUACAUCCUGUGUGUUUUCAGCUUGUGAAAUAUCAGUGGACUACUAACCUACCCACAAACACCGUAGUUAACGAAACCGCCUACCUGGCUGCCACCAAAAACGUGCUCCUGAUGAAGUCCCGGGACAGGGAUCUCAAGACUGAGGGAUUUGACAAAUCCACCACCAUGAUCGACUUCGACAGUGGAAUGGUGGCUUUCCGAACCAAGUUCCCCACCACGUCCGAUCUACCCGGGCCUACCCUGACGCCAGAGGCCGCCGAGGGAAUGACGAGACGAGAGAGAAGGCGGAAGCUCAAGAAUUUCUUUGCCGGCCGUGACCAGGCCUGCUUCAUUACAACAACCAGUGUUACACUAGCAGAUGCAAAGACAGAGCUCCAAAGCCGCGUUAGCAACUCUCCCGUCUCCACUGGCACUCCCGUGAAGUUUGUUGCAGAAGAAAUGAAUCGCCUCUCAGCUGCAGAACUUAGCAAGUUAAAUGCUAAAAUCGCCAGGUUCUGCACAAAGGCUUCUAAGCACAAUAACCACUUCAGACUUGUGAAAGGUGAGAAUACCAUGAUACAGAUUCAACAGCAACUACCCACUUAGACAAUUUAAUGGUUAUGGGUCAGUUUGACACGGCUCAGCCAAUGACGUCCAUACCAUAUGAAAUCCAUGUUGAACAAUCCAUUAUCGAUGGAAUAAGGACCCCAAUUUCCACAACAGCUCAACCCGAAGUGUGAUUAAACUACAGAACUUCACCAUAGACAUUGAAGUGCUUUAUUAUGAUUGUAUAUGUAUGGAAUCUACCAGAAAUAAAUCAUUUACUAAACCACUA